AUCCUUUGCUCAGUCGGUGACUCAAAGGAGUGUCAUCUUUGAAAAAAGUUUGCUCGUUACAUGUUAAUGGAAGGGUCGGCCAAAAGAAAAAGAUAAAAGGAAGAAGAUGAUGAAAGAAUCUUCUGUGUCAAAAGCAAAUCGCAAAGAAAACUAUGGUCUAAAGGUGCUUGCACAUGAAGUUAAGCACCUUUAAUACCAAAUCUUCUCAUCUUCCACAGUCUCUCCCUCUCCUUUCCCUUCUUUUCCAUUGCAUUAUCAUAUAGUAAAUUGGAUUCUAAAGGAACAAUUAUAGUCUUUGUAGAACAUACUUACUUAGCAAGCACAGAACAACCUCUUUUGUUUGCUCUACAAGCAUUAUGAACUGAUCCCACUAUGGCAACAACUCGAAAACUAAUCGUGGAAGUCGUUGAUGCUAGGAAUCUGGUGCCAAAAGACGGGCACGGGACAUCGAGUCCUUACGUUGUGAUUGACUACUACGGGCAGAGGAAGAAGACGCACACUGCAAUUCGGGACUUGAACCCAACAUGGAAUGAGGUUCUUGAGUUUAAUUGGGGAAAACCAUCCGAAGUGUUUGAUGAUGUUCUUGAGCUUGAUGUUUAUCAUGAUAAGAAUUAUGGGCCGACGAGGAGGAAUAAUUCUCUGGGAAGGAUCAAAUUGAGCUCAGAUCAGUUUGUUCGGAAGGGGGAAGAAGCGUUGAUUUAUUAUCCUCUGGGAAGGAAGUACUUGUUCAGUUGGAUUCAGGGAGAAAUUGGGUUGAAAGUGUAUUAUGUAGAUGAAGUGAUUCCGCCACCGGCCCGGCCUGUGGAGGAAGGGAAACCAGAAGAGGCGAAAGCAGACCCAGCAACUCCAGCAGCAGAGGAAGGUGGUGCGAAAUCAGAAUCUGAUCAACAGCCCCCCAUGGAGGCAGCGACUAAUUUUGGCAAGUCUGAGACGGCAGGAGGGGCCCCACUAGGGAGUGAUCAAGCUCCGCCGCCUGAACCUCAGGCAGAGACUGGGAAGCCGGAUGAAGGACAGCCUGCUGAAGGUGCGCCACCACCAAAUGGUCCUCCCGAGGCUGAGAAACCACCAGAGGAACCAAACCCAGUACCAUCGCGGCAAGAGGCAGGUAGAGAUCAAGCGGAUGCACAAGCAGCCACGCCAACAGCGCAAGAUUCGCAGCCCACGCCGUCUCCUGACGAUGACAUCGUGAUCGAGCCUGCUUCCGGAAAUUGGGCUCCUCAACCGGAGAUCAUGGCAACAGCAGCCUCUGGAUCGAUUCCAGAAAUCAGAGUCCGCCGAACCAUCCCUCCUCCACAACCAAUGCCUCGGCCAGCGGCUCCCACAACUUACACCUCCUCGGACCCACCCGAACAAGCCCAGAUUGAACGGUCAUCGUUUGAUCUCGUCGAGAAGAUGCACUACGUCUUCGUACGAGUCGUGAAAGCAAGGUUUCUACCCACAAACGGCAAGCCCGUCGCUGAGAUUGCCAUCGGAAGUAACCGUACCAUUUCCCAACCCGCACGGAAAACCAAUUUCUUCGAGUGGGAUCAGACGUUCGCAUUCCGCCGUGACUCACCUGAAUCCUCCUCCAACCUUGAGGUCUCUCUGUGGGACCCAUGCGGCACGAUGGAUCCCUUAUCGGACACGGCGACAGCGAAUUUCUUCGGCGGGAUUUGUUUCGACGUGGCGGACAUUCCACUCCGAGACCCACCCGAGAGCCCUUUGGCUCCACAGUGGUUCAGGCUGGAAGGAGGUGGGGCCCAUAGCGGCGACCUGAUGCUGGCCACGUGGAUCGGAACCCAAGCUGACGAGGCAUUUCCCGAUGCAUGGAAAACCGACACUGCCGGCGACAAUAUCAAUUCUCGGGCCAAAGUCUACCUCUCCCCAAAGCUCUGGUAUCUCAGAGCCACCAUCAUCGAAGCCCAAGACAUUCUGCCGUUGACGGCGAUGAAAGAAUCGUCGUUUCAAAUCAGAGCUAAGUUAGGUUUCCAAGUGCAGAAAACCAAAGUCUCGGUCAACGCCAACGGCCAUCCGCGCUGGAACGAGGACCUCCUGUUCGUAGCGGCGGAGCCGUUCAGCGACCAUUUAGAAUUCUCCCUCGAACUCCGGCAACCCAAAGGACCGGUUGUUUUAGGAGCCGCCAGAAUACCGUUCACCACCAUUGAAAGACGAGUGGAUGACCGGAAAGUGGUAUCCCGAUGGUUCACAUUGGACGACCAAAAUGACAAGAAGAAAAUGUAUAAAGGUAGGAUCCAAAUGGGUCUCUGUUUUGAUGGUGGGUAUCACGUGAUGGACGAGGCGGCGCACGUGUGCAGCGAUUAUCGGCCGACGGCGAGGCAGCUCUGGAAACCACCAGUGGGAACGGUGGAGCUUGGAAUCAUUGGGUGCAAGAACUUGUUACCGAUGAAAACGGUAAACGGCAAAGGAACCACCAAUGCAUACACCGUUGCCAAAUACGGGUCCAAGUGGGUCCGUACCCGGACAGUGUCGGAUUGUUUGGAUCCGAAAUGGAAUGAGCAGUACACGUGGAAGGUUUAUGAUCCAUGUACAGUGUUGACUAUUGCUGUAUUUGAUAGCUGGGGAGUAUUUGAGAUCAGCGAUGGAAAAGAAGCCACGCGUCCUGAUUUCCGUAUCGGGAAGAUUCGGAUACGGAUAUCCACAUUGGCGACGGGUCGGGUAUACAGGAAUUCAUACCCGCUGCUCUUGUUGGGUCAUAGUGGAGUGAGGAAAAUGGGAGAGAUAGAAGUGGCUGUAAGAUUUGUCCGUGCAGCUCCUACAUUGGAUUUCCUACACGUGUACACUCAGCCCUUGUUACCGUUGAUGCACCACAUCAAGCCUCUAGGAGUUGCCCAACAAGAAAUACUGAGGAACACUGCUGUAAGGAUCAUAGCUGUUCACUUGUCACGAUCCGAGCCACCUCUUAAAUCUGAGGUGGUACGUUACAUGCUUGAUGCGGAUUUGAACACCUUUAGCAUGAGAAAGGUCCGUGUAAAUUGGUUCAGGAUUGUCGUAGUAAUUGCAAGCCUGAUCGAUAUAGUACGGUGGAUUGAUGACACACGUACGUGGAAGAAUCCGACGGCCACCACACUUGUGCAUGCAUUGCUAGUGAUGCUUGUGUGGUUCCCUGAUUUAAUCGUCCCCACAUUGGCAUUCUAUGUGUUUGUGAUUGGGGUUUGGAAUUAUAGGUUUAGGUCGCGUGAUCCAAUGCCCCACCUUUGCCCCAGGAUCUCACAAGCUGAUAAAGUUGAUUGUGACGAGCUAGAUGAAGAAUUUGAUGCGGUACCUAGCAACAGAUCUCCCGAUGUCAUACGUGCCAGGUACGAUGAGUUACGUGCAAUUGGUGCACGUGUGCAGACUGUACUCGGGGAUUUUGCUACUCAAGGAGAGCGUGUGCAAUCGCUAGUGACAUGGCGAGACCCCCGUGCGACGGGAAUUUUUGUGGGAUUGUGUUUCGUGGUGGCAUUGAUAUUGUAUUUGGUGCCAUCAAAGAUGGUGGCAAUGGCAUUUGGGUUCUAUUAUUUCCGCCACCCAUUGUUCCGAGAUCGGAUGCCGCCACCGGCCAUGAACUUCUUCCGACGACUUCCAUCUCUUUCAGACAGGAUAAUGUAGCCUAAUUAGAUUCAUAUGAGACAAGUUUCGUUGGUUUCUUUGAUUUCUAGAUGUAAUUUAUAAUCUUUUUCUGCUAGCAAAGAGAAUCAAUAAAGAACCACAGUGCUU